CUGUACUCUGCCUGAUCGUGAGUAAACUUUCUUUUUGUUACUUAUGAAUAAGACUGUGAUGUCUUUAUUCUUUUAGGAGGGAUUCAAGGGGUCUUACCAGGAAAAUAUUAAAACACAUUUCAAUCUGGACAAGCCAGAUUGAAUUGCAUAUUGCCUUAAGAAACUCACACAAGUUUGCAACAAGUUUUCUGCUAUGUAAAAAGGGAAUGCACUCUGCUAAGUAAAGGAACUUGCUAACGCAAGUUAGGAAAUAUAUUAAUAAACAAGAUAUCCUCUCCUGCCACCCUGAACAUUUCCACAGCAUGCACACUAUUUGAAUGGCAACGUCCAGUGCUUUUUUUCUGGGGGAUGCAUACCCCUAAACAUUUUGUGAAUCUAAGUUUGGCCUCAUUGAGGGGCAGUAUUUCAAUAUGAGUAGGAAAAUGAGUACUCCUAAACAUUUUUUUAAGAAAAAAAGCCCUGGCGAUGUCCAUCAACUUUGGGGUGGCAACCCCCUCAAAUGUUUUAUUUGAAUGUGGGGCAAAGGGACCUUGGCCCCUAGGAGUUGGCUCCUAUGUCCAUAGUUACAUCUGUGCAGGUCUCUUAAAAAAAAACCCACUGUGUCCAUGUACGUGAUGACUGGGUGCGAACGUUCAACGCCAAGUUACUGAAGAAAAAAUUAAGUUGCAAUAGGGGGCCACUUAGAUAACUCAAAGGAGUCGGUGGACCAGCUUUUGGAAAUAGUAAGGAUAUGGGUCACGAGAUGGAAAUCCGGAGGUCUAGACGAGCAGCGGCAACUUCCCUUUCCCGAGUCGGACGCAACCACGGGAAACCUAUGCGUGCCUAGCGGGGAAAGGCCGUGAUAAGCAAUGCCGAGCCGAAGGCGCAGCCGGUGCACAGCUUUUUAAUUAUGACAAUGCUCAUUCUACAGACAUCCGCCUGGAGCUGCUGCCUCCAAGGUAAUGGCGAGGCCAGGCGAGACGCAGCAGAGUCGACCCUCUCUGCCCCUCUCCUCUCCCUCUAUUGGCCAAGCUCCCUCCGCAACUGAGAGGCAGUCAACCCGCCCGCGCUCUGAAUGGACGCGAAGCGGACGGCGGGAGGCGGGCCUCCGCGGCCCUCGACCAACCAGGGACGGCCGGCGUAGGGCAGAGUGGCGCGCUGCCGGCCGUAACGUCGCGCGAGCGCCAAUCGCAGCGGGCUAAUCUCUCCGCCCCCGCGUCUUCUUUUUCUCCUUCCUCCAGGGCCGCUUGUUAGACAUAUAGCGGCGCGGCAGCACCAACGCCACCACAGCCGCGGGCGGCAGCAGCAUCACCACGACCUGCAGCAGCAAGUAAGCGGAUUCGUUCAGGGAGGCGUCGGAGCGGGCGGGGCUUGAGGGAGAGAGGGAGGUGGUGAGCGCGUGCCGGCUCUGAGGGAGGAGGCGCAACCGCCCGUCGUGCGUGCGGCAGGAUCCGAGUGCCGGUGAGGGACGGCGGGUUGGGCGGGUGACCGUUGGCCGCGGGGAGGUCGCGAGCGAGAGGCUCUGUGGGCGAGGGAGGGGGGUGAGGCGGGAGGGGGCAGUUCCGCUCCACGGAGGGCGGGGGAAGGGGAGAUGAGGCGAAGAGGCCCCUGGGGUGCCGCGGCUUCCUCUGAGGGGAGCCUUGCCGGAUGGAGGAGACUCGGAAAGCAAAGCCGGUGGGUGGGGCGUCUGGGCGGCGGAUACUCUCCUGGUGCGGCUUGGGAAGAGUUGAGGGAGGGCGGCCGGGUGGGAAACGACGCUCACGUUGUGGGGCGGCCUGUUCCGUUCCCCGCACCCCCAAGUGGAAAGGGGCCUGAGUGUUAACUGGAGCACGAGUUUAUUUUAUUUAUUUAUUUAUUUAUUUAUUUAUUUGAGGGCAUUGUUACUGUACCCUUUCUUAAAAAUGUGGAGAAUGUGGAGGCCCGAGAGAGCCAGGAAACCGCGGGCGGAGCCGAGUUGUGGAGCCAGGGGGAAAGAUGUGCUGCUGCUGCCGCCGCCUGGGUCUGAGACCCUGGAGGUGGAGGUGCACGGGCGGCUGUGAGAAGCGCCGCGCAAGUUUGAGGUCGCUCGUUGCAAUGCCGAGCCUUGGGGACAACUUAACGCAGGUUGCCUCUCUCCUUCGCUUUCCUCACCUCACCCCUUUCCAUCCAGAAGCGGCCGAAAACGGUUUCUAGGUCGUGGGCUGAUGUCUUGUUCUCCUGCGGUUGUGUAAUAGGGUUGUCAUGAGCACAUGUUGGGCGAGAUGCACGAAGACCGAGGAAGUCUUCAGUUUGCAACUGCACACACACACACACACACACACACAAACACACACACACGCGCGCUCCCCCCCCCCCCCCACUGCAGGUCUUUCAAGCACAAUUUUCAUGAUGAGGGACCAAGCUUUCUUGGGCAUGGCCAAAUGUUUGUGGAAGGUGGAGAAUGACUCUCAACCCGCCCUGGUAUUUUUAACGCCUUCUGGCUGUUUCCUUAAGAUAUUGUUCCCUUGGGUGGGGCUCCGUGCUGGGGAUAAAGAAUAUGGCCCUUGUAAUAAAGCUCUGGGUCUUGGCAGCCAUUAUUCCAGUGUAAGCGAAUCUGUGCCAUAGUGUGACUUCCCUGUCAUGCCUAUAUAAUAGUGAAUACUGGCUUUGGCAAGAAAAAAAUUGGCAUACCAAGGAAGAGUGUAUCUCUUGCAGCACCCAAAGUUAGGAAAUGUGCGUCUGUCAAAAGGAACUGCUUGCAGUAAAACUUAAGGAAAUUGCAAUUGCAAAACCUAGUAAAAGGUAAAGGGACCCAUGACCAUUAGGUCCAGUCAUGGCCGACUCUGGGGUUGCGGCGCUCAUCUUGCUUUAUUGGCCGAGGGAGCCGGCAUACAGCUUCCGUGUCAUGUGGCCAGCAUGACUAAGCCGCUUCUGGCGAACCAGAGUAGCGCACGGAAACGCCGUUUACCUUCCCGCUGGAGCAGUACCUAUUUAUCUACUUGCACUUUGAUGUGCUUUCGAACUGCUAGGUUGGCAGGAGCUGGGACCGAGCAAUGGGAGCUCACCCCGUCGCCGGGAUUCAAACCGCCGACCUUCUGAUUGGCAAGUCCUGGGCUCUGUGGUUUAACCCACAGCGAAGCAAACUUCCUUAAUACACCCAAGAUUACUAGUUUGAUGUUAGAAAAUUAAAAAGUUUUGUGUAUGUAAAAGAGCCACAGCUCUCUCUUCAAUCUUACACAUUUCUAGUCUGAAGUCCCAAUGAGUUCAGUACAUUUACCCCCAGGAAAAUAUGUGUAGUAUUGCAGCCAUAAAAAGUAUAGAUGGAGCUUUGUUCAGCACUAGUGAGACAUCUGGAUGUCACAGUUCAAGAAGGAUGUUGACAAAGUAGAAUAAAUUCUGAAAAGAGCUGCAGAAGUAGUAAAAAGUCUGAAGUAAAGACUAAAUAAAUUGGGUAUGUUGAUACAAAGUAUGUGUUCAAAGCUUUUUAUUAUUUAAAAGGAUAUUCCAAAGAGAAGGCAGUUUCUACUUUCCCUACAAUGUAGGAAACUUCAAAAUAAUGGAAAAUGAGAUGAAAAUGGAAGAAAAUCAAUUGAGCAUUGAAGAAAUUAACUUAAAAUGAGGUUUUGGAAAGAGUGUACAGUGGUACCUCUAGAUGCACAAUUGAAUUUUUAAUGCUUGCAAAUGAUAAUGUUUACAAGGUUUCAAAGGACUUUGUAAAGCAUUACCAUAUUGGCCUGAAUAUAAGCCACACCUUUAAAAUUUAAGAAAUAAAAGACAGUACCUAAAUAUAAGCAGCUCCUUUAAAAUUUGCAGGCUCUCAUACCUGUUCCGUUUUACCGUAUGUCUGUUUCAGCAGUGAUAUUGUAAAAGCCAAUUUUUGUAAGGUCAUGAAUUUAAGCCGCACUUUAACUUUUCACGGUCAGAACUUGGAAAAAAAGAAGUGAGGCUUAUAUUCAGGCCAAUACGGUCAUUCAAAGAGCAAGUUUCAGGUAAACAACAUUUACAGGGAUGUUUGUUCUAACUCAUUUACUCUUUGUGUAGAGCCUACACAGUUCAUUACAUUGCUUCCUGCACAUUCUACUUAACAGAUCAGAUACCUUUGGAAGUGUUAGGUCCAUCCAAAAUCCCUUAUUAUAUAUCAAUUUCAGACACAUGGAAUGAAAAAUCACUUUAAAAAUGCCAGUGUUUAGCAGUCCUUCAUUCAUGUCCUUGGUGAACAUCUUAGAAUAUAUCUAGUUUUAUGGUGGUUGUAACAGCACUUUAAAUUUAUAUUUUACAUUCUGGCUUUUGAAUAAAAAAGCAUCCAUGAGACAGCCAACAAUCAGUUAUAUAUUAAAACAACUAUUCUCUCUAUUAAAAUCAACAGCUAUUUGAUUAAAACCAGUAGCUGUAAGCAAAACAAAUCCUAGCAAGGAAACAAAGAAAACAUCAAGCCAAAGAGGGAGAUCCCUUCAAAAAUAGAGCUGCCAAAGCACUCCAAGGGCACAUUUACUAGCUGUUGGUAUGCCCGAAAGGAUGGAUCUGAUUUUUCCUCAGAAGUGACUUCUAGACUUGGUGGCCUCUUGAAAGGUAAUCCCUCCUCCAAUAUACUUUAAAUAGUAGAUGAACAUAGAGGAAGAUCUAUGUCUAACAGUAGAUUCACAUGGGAGCAGUCCAUCCUUUAAGUAAAGCCUUAAAUAGCCUGCAUCUAAAAGUCAGUUUCAGAAUUCCAGUCAACAGCACUUUCAUCUGUCUGCAUUACUAUUUUGUUCACUCACUAAUCAGUCCCUCAGUGAUCCAAGACACCUAUUUAGGACAACUAAUACUUCCCUAGGAUCAGAUGGGAAAAUCUGAAAGAAACUUGAGUACUGUAAUUAGCUUUGACACCAAACCUCAAACUUAUAGGCAACAUCACCCAGCAGUUUCACAUGGAUAUUUAAACAGUACAGUGGUACCUCGGGUUAAGAACUUAAUUUGUUCCGGAGGUCCAUUCUUAACCUGAAACUGUUCUUAACCUGAAGCACCACUUUAGCUAAUGGGGCCUCCCGCUGCUGCCGCGGCGCCAUUUCUGUUCUCAUCCUGAAGCAAAGUUCUUAACCCGAGGUACUAUAUCUGGGUUAGCAGAGUCUGUAACCUGAAGCGUCUGUAACCUGAGGUACCACUGUAUAGGAGACAUGCAGGAUCACUAUGGCAUCAUACAAGCCAGCCACUAUUGGGAUCAGUUCUUCCAUCUUUGUUUUCACAAUUCUUAUUUACUGGAGUAGUCAGGGCAAUCCAUAGCUGGCUGCAAAGCCAACUUGAAAAUAUUUAUGUGGGCAGUAAACUUGGUGCUUUACUUCAAAUGUAAACAGAAAUUGGACUUUGAAACUUAAGAUAUGUGAGGUGUGAGAAAGUAAAUAAAAAUCUAUGUGAGACACAUUGCUGAUAAUUAAAUGGCAAAAGUGACUGUGACUUGUAAUCACUAUAUCUGAAUAGUCCAUAUUUCUGGAUUUGGAUAACUGUAUAUUGGAAGCUUUUUUUAUGGAAAAAAUGAGGAAUACUCUAAUAUUUGUCAUUAAGGUAGUUUCUGUCUUAAAGAUUAACUUUUUACAAGUCUGAAUUUGUAAAUAGAAGGUCUUCUUUCACAACUUUAAAGAGAACUUACCGGGGGGGGGGGGAUUAUGUACCUUUCAUGUUAAGCCCUGAAACUUUUUUACCGCUCUUGCCACUAUCAUUUCCGUUCUUUAUUCUUCUUAAUAUAGUAGCUGCUGUUUAUGUGUAUACUAUACUUUGUUAGUCCGUUGAUGCAAGCUUGUGCACUCUUGUAUUUUCCACCUGAGUUGGAAUUGACAUGAGAUAGUGAAGUUUAAAAUUCAGAAACAAAUUUGUAAAAGCAAACAACACUGUCACCAUUAGACCAUUUUGCCUUACUAGUUCUGUUGUAUGUUUACAAUGGCUCUGCUUUCUGGUGAGUGGAGAAUGAAUUGGUUUCUUGCCACAAUGUGUAGUCAAUUGAGAAGACAGUGUCUGAAAUAUCCAUGCAGUGAACUACAUACUGGGGUAUUGAUAUUACUGAAACCAGUUAUGGUGUAUUUAAUUCACAGUUUCAGCAAAGAUAAUUACAUAUGAAAAUGCUUCCUGGUAAAAAAAAAUCCUUUACACUAUUAGCUAGUGCAUAGAACAACCAAGUCCUCUGAUGCACUGUGUUGGAAGGAUUUUGGAUGGAGCAAAAGUGCCCAGCUUUGCCCUGCUGAGCAAGCCUCUGCUGAUAGGGAGCUUUGCUGUUGGAGGGGAAGCCCUGCCAAAGAAGGGCAGGUACAUGUUACCACUGGCAGCACUCACCAAAACCUGAUGUUUCUAGUGCUGGUGGACUGCUGCUGGGUCACUGUUGGUGCAGCAGGCUUGAUCCAGGGCUCUUUACUGUGUCAGCCCAGGAGCUGGCACAGUGAAGGAGUACUUUUAUGAUGUUAGCUGCUCUGAGCCCAGCCUCAGCCGGGGAGGGCGGGAUACAAGUAAUAUUAUAUUAUUAUUACUACUUUUUCCUUCCUUCUCCCUUUCACCCUUGCCAGCAUGAGAAGUGUGGCUGUGGAAGAGGCAGUGGCUUUACUGCUUUUAUCAAGUGGCCAGGAAUUUGGAUUAAACAGUUGGUAUUAGUGGCUAACUAAGGAAGCAGCGGGGUACAAAAUCAUCAAAUUUCCUCCUUUUUAAAAGUAAAAGUUGUACAGGUAGUUCCCAGCGCCUCUCAACUGGCUGGGGAAGGGUUGAUCAGUAUUUUCCAAGUGGUAUUGUAUGGCAAGCUCCCAGCCUUUUAUUUUGUUUAUAUUUGUUUUCAAAACGUUACUCUGCCUAAUUUGGAAAGGAACUCAAGCUGGUUUACAACCUGAAGCAUAAUAAUAAAUUACAUAACUAUACCCUUUAAAUCACAAAUACUGACAUCAAAGCCAACCUCUCAUAUGAAAACCCAAAGCCACCAACAGUCUGGUAAAAGCCUUUUAAAACAGACAUGUUUUUGCUAGUCACCUAAAACAAUAUAGUGAUAGUUUGACCCUUGUUAAGGCAUUCCACAGGAUAAGUGUUACAACAAAAAAGCCUCUGACUGCCUGCACCUUUGCCGUCUGCAGGCAACUUGAGAUCAAGGAAUAUCCUCCAAUUACAAACAUAGUCUUUCAGGUAGAGUCUAACCCCAUCCAAAACACACUCCAAACCAAAGUCCAUCCACUAACAGUACUUAGGUUUUGUCUGACUUAAGCUUCAGCUUGUUCCAGUGCCUCACAGCUAGCAAGCAUUAGUUCAACCUUUCAGCUCCCUUCCUAGGAUCAGAUGGAAAUGAGAGAUAGUUAGGUAUCAGCAGCAUACUGAGAGCUCUGCACCCCAGCCAUCAGUUGCAUGCAGAUAUUAAACAAUCUUGCAGAACCUCAUAAUUACCUAGCACCACCUUCUGCGUCCUCUCAGGUUUGAAUGGAGCCACUUCAACAUCGUUCCCCCAGUUUCCAUCUUUUGGAGACAAUCCAUAAGAAAAGCAUGGCCAAUGGUAUCAAAAGCCACUGAGAUAGUAAAUGUCCCAAUACAGAUCUUACACUUAGGUGAAUAGGGCAAAUUCAAUGCCAGAAAUGAAUUGAAAGCCAGACAGGAAAUUCUGGAGCUGUGCUGCCACAACAUGUUUGCACAUUUUGCCCCUAAAAGGGAUGGUAGACACUGGCCACUAGUUGUUUAAAUCAGAGAGUGUAAUGAUUGUUUUCCCCCACUAGAAAAACAAUAGGGUGCGAUUCAACAUUGCAGUAUGGUUCUGCCAAUGCAAGUAUUUCUGCUUCCUAGAUGGAAUGAUCUCCUUGCGCGCGCGCGCGCACGCUCUCUCUCUCUCUCUCUCACUCACACACACACACACACACACACACAACCUAUGCUCUGUUCUCAGGGUUCUCCCCGCAAAAAUACUGGCUUUUGCAAGCACAACAACUUAGUUGAAUCUAUAUUACCAUUCUCUUAAGUAUCAAAGGCACUCAACACUUUCUGAGAGAAGUAUUUAUAUUGCACUCACUCAUGUUUGCAUAUGUGACCAUUCUGAUUUCACAUCCAGUUUGAGUGAGAAUCAAGAGCCAAGCCUGUUAACUGCAUCUCUCUACGGAUUUAAUGCUCCUCUUCAGGGUGAUGUAUAGCAUUGAACAGAGUAUAUUAUUCAAUGCUAACUGAACAGUUAGAAUGAAAUGCUUGUAAUCUUGAGAUACUUUCAUUUUUAAUGUUUGGUAUUUUCUAAACGACAAUUAGUGCUGCAAAAGCAUCCAUCCCAUUAUAUGAACAAUGCAAAUAUAUAAUUUAAAAUGUUAAGAUAUUAAGUGAUCAGAAGUAUACGGCUUUGACUCGUCCCUGACCUGUUCAGAUCCACCAAUCUGUGUACUUUUCUAAAACAGAACUUUGACUUUGAUAUUGUGGGAUAAAUCCAUGAUUUAUCUUGAAGUGUGGUCUUACCUAAAGUAAAAAAACAGGGAGUUUCUGAUGAGGAGUUGAACUCGCCUUUGGCACAUAUCUCUAGUGUUCAAGUCAGCUCUGCCAAAUUGGCACAUACCUUCUUUAAAGUUUCUAGUGCUUGAAGGUCAGUGAGGCAAUCCCUUUUUUAUAGAGGUCCUGCUUUGGGAUUCUGCUGAAAAACAAGCUUUAGCCCCAUGUGGUCCUGAUGAAUCUUUUAAUAUAACUACUUUGCACUAAGCUUAGAUAAUAUCUUCAACUUAGUUGUCUUGUUCUUUUCAUGAUCCUAUGUUUCAUGAUCCUUAGAUAAAUAAAGGAUUUUUUUUUUGGCGUCGUGAACAUGUUCCAUUCUGUUGCAACAGUGCCAUCAGUUCCAUUUCGUCAGGUGGAAUAUUUAUAUUCCUUGGAGUUCUCCACACUAUGGAAGAAAACUUAAAGCAUCAAACGUUGAAAUAUGUUAAUUUUUUUUUCUUUUAAGGUCUCUAGUUUCUGUGAGGUAGCCAAGACUAUAACAAAAGUUGAUACUUGAACAGAUUUCCUCUAAUUGUAAGAACAGCAAAUUAUGUAUUAUUGCAAAUAACUAUAUUAUAUAAUACUUCUAUUUUCUAGUUCAGAACAAGAAGCAGUUUGUCCCAACCUGAACUGGUCUUCCCUGGGAGAUGGCUAAGCUUGUUCCAGCCUUCAAGAAAAUCACUAGGAAGCAACAAUUUUAAAUGUGCAGCCUGCUUUAUAUCAGAGGCCAGGAAAAGGAAAGCUAAUAUUAAAACCAUAUAAAACAGGUAGGAUAAAACUGAUGAAAAGUUUCUAGUGUUAGCACAAUCUCACCCAACUUAGUCUUCAGUUUUAAAAUCCAGGCCAAAUUGGUCUUUAUGAUUCAUAAAUGUUUUUGAGCUCUGACACUCGAGAAAAAUAACAGUCCAUUCUUAUAGGUGCUUCAAAGUGCACCACUUUGUACACACCCUUGCCAGCCAGAUAAGACAUACAGGUGGGUGUCUUUGUUUGAACUUGGACAUUGUGAUGAGACACAUUGGAUGAACAAAUACUUUCUCUGAUAAUUCAACCCAUAUUAUUUUGGACCCAAAAUGGUACCUUAAAUUGUACCUGAAAGAUGCCGGCGAUGAUACUGGAAAUGCUUUUGGAUGUGCUAUAUGCAUACUGAUACUUCUGUUUUUCAAUACAGCCCAAUGCACAAUAAUUUAACAUGAAUGACAGUUGCGGGUGUUAAGUGGAAAGUUUUGUGGCCUUUUCAAUGGUACCCUGGCUGCUGUUGCAAUCUGGAAUUAAUUCCAGACACAGCUGUAGAACCAGGAGUGCACUAUCAGUCUACGCUAAUCAUUCUUUUGUCAUGCUCACAUUUAUUUCCAGUUGGCGAGUUUGCAUCCAUUAUUUAACAGUAGACAAAAACAGAGCCAGACUAGAUUAAAUUUGUUGCAGGUAGCUCAGUCUCUGAACAGAAGCAGUCAAAAAUCUAAGUUACUCACUAUAUAGAAUAAGUGGGACUUCCAACAAAAUGCUACUGUGGGGCUCUAUUCAGUGUCCAUGGUACUUUGUCAUGUCCUUUCCCAUGAUACUCCAUUCCUGCACUCAUCCAUACUUCCCUUCUCUUCUCUUCUCCAUCCUCCAACCAGUCAGCCAGCAUUUAUUGGCCACCAAGCAUCCCCAUAACUUCCUCUUAUGUAUGGAUGCUUACAUUUUGGUUAUAUAAGGUUUUGUACUUGUCUCGUCACUUUAGAAAUGGUGGGAAUGAUAACUGCUGAACCUUAAAACAUUCAUUCUCUGUAGAGCGGAUGCUACUACUAUAGAAUACUUGGUUUUGAAAACAAAACUAAAAAGUGUUUACUGUAAUUGGUAAGCUUUGACUGAGCAGUGCUCUUGUUGUCUGUCUUGAUGUUUCACCCAGCUUGGAUUGAUUUAAAUAAUCAUAGUAUGUGGAGCAUCUUCUUUUAUUUUUGUUUCCUGAUGUAGAUAAUCUUGAACCUGUUUUCUGUGCUUCUGAAUAUUAGAUUAUAUUUUAAGGUUCAACUAUAUAAAAUAUUUGGUUUUAAGUUAAUAUAGUUUUAAAUAAAUCCCGUGUUUUUUUGCUAUAUUAUUUCAAAUGUCUGCCAGGCUCUGAUGCAAGCAUAGUACAAAAUUAAAAAUUAACUCCAUAUAUUUAGUGUUUUCUUUGUAUCUUGCUAUGUUGCCCUUCUGCAAAGCUCAAAGUUCUAGCUCCUAUCGAUAUUAUUUAACCAGAAAAGCUUAGCUUAGGUAUAUGUCCACAUUUUAUCUACAAUUGUUAUCUCUUGUGUCUGCUAUAUCUUCUUCCAUUUGUAAAACUUGAGUUCUGAAAAGAAUGUGAUUUAAUAAAGCUUGUACUUCCAACAAAGCAGAGAUGUUGCAGUAUAUGGGGGCUAACAAGAGCAACUAUUGUAUGCUCCACAAUGGUGCUCACACAGCGUUAGACACAAGAAUCUUUUAUUAAGAGGAAAUGUUGGCCACAGUGCUGGAGCUAUUAGUCCCUGUUUGGAUUUUUUUUUUUUAAGUUUCUUCCAUCAGACUGUUGAUCAAACAUUUCUGUCAAAAGGGCAGUACCUCAGAAUGCAUUGUUAUGCUCCUGAAUACUGAAUUUAUAAAUGUUUGUUUCAUUUAAGAGUGGACACUUCUGCAAGAAAUUCUGGACAAAUAACAUUUAGGAAUCUCACAUUGAGGGUCUUUUUAUCUUUUGUGGGGGGAAAAUAGUGACAAAGAUGCAAAGUCAAAUUUAAACUAGCAUGCACAGUAUUCCUGCUUAUCCUUUAUUUCUCAUUUGCAGUGUAGAUUGAAUUGCAAGAUUGAAUACUCCACAAUCAAUGACUAGUUGCUACUAUGUAGCAACCUGUUGUGGAUGUUCACAUAGCAGGAAUAUCUGUGAGUAAAUUAACUGGUUAUGCAUGCUAUAUUAGCAAUGAAAGGAAACGUUUAUUGGCUGGCAUAUUGGAGUACAUUCCAAUUAAAUCCCUGGUUUUCUAUACGUUUCUAAACGUUAGUGAGCAGUUCAAGUGGAAUACACAUACAUUAAAGGUGCCAGUUUUUCAGCAAACCUUAGGGACACUCCUGUAGCUCUCCUUGACUUCGGCAUCCUCAUUUAGCCAUGAGUUGAGACAAAUGAACCCUGCACUCUGUCAAAGAUAUCUUUCCUGUCUUUCCAGUUUGGCAACUAACCCCAUGCCAGUUAUUUCUACUUCUGCUGCUUGCUUUCACUAGUAAGAUGAACAAAGCAUUGGUGACUCUUGUGGCAAAAAGUGUUAGGACACAGAGCAGGGAGUUGGAGGCCAAAGUGAGAGGAGCUAUAUUAUUUAGUUCAGGAUAAACCAAGAUUUCUUCAAAGCCUAACCAGCUCAUUGUGGAAGGGUAAGUUGCUUGGGACUGAAGGACUAGGGAGAUACAAAUGAUUUGAGCUAUUGAAAUAAUUGUGUAGAACAGAGCUGAUUUUCAGCUCUUUAAUACUCACUCAGGAUUGUAUGUGUGCAUAAUGCUGCAACCCAUAUCUUGAGAUAAGGGAAGAGCUUCCUGUGCUUAAAGGCCAUUGUUACUUAGACCUAGAGAAGGAGUGCCCUAGGGCUGCAGACAUAUUUGCUAUGAAGCACUGUUAGGAAUUAGCCAUGCAUGUUUUGCUACUGCUAUGGGUCCAAUUUUGAUGACAUAGAAAUUUCUGGGCACCAGGUUGGCGACCAAAGUAUAAAAACCUCUGCCUUAGUUCAUAGUUAAUACAGUUUCCACUGUGUGUGGGACAAGUGAAUUAUUUUAAGAGCAAGCUGCAGUCAAGCAAUGUAAUUGGGAUCAUAGAUUGAUAGAUAUUUGUUUGUAUAACAUGAUUCUUGUUUAUAAAACCCAAUUAAAAAAAUGUAGUGUUGUAAAGGACCCCAAGGGUCUUAUAGUCCAACCCACUGGCGAAUAGACAUUCCAUUGUGGCAACUGUAACCUAGUUUUAAGGUGCUAUUUGGCAUCUAGCUUAUAUAUCAGUUUCUAAAACUGUUGUGAAGCCCAGUGGAGGCAUCAUGGGGGAGAUCUGUGUGCUCCUAGGUGCUUUUAGGGAGGGAUAGUAGCCUAGCCUGGGCUGAUUGGAUUUUUAGUUCCCUGUAUAUCUCAAGUUUCCAUGGUUAUAGCUUCAUUCUGAAGUAGUCUCAUGUGUUGGUGAUAACUCUCUGCAUAUAACUUGGUGGAGGUGUUGCAUGUAACUGUUGCUAUGUUGAUCAUAACAUCUGCUUUUGAGACCUUAUUAUCUCAGGGCAGUGUUUCGUUGCAAUCAACAAGAACAGUAGUUUCUCUCAUAGGGAAAACUGUAAAGCAAUAUGUUAGGACCAUAGUAGAACCUUCAUAUUACCCAUUCUGAGGGCCAACAUUACAUUUUGUUCUGUAAAUAGCAGUCAAGGGACCACUGAUCCACAAUAGGGCCAUGGCCCGGGCAGAGGGGGUUUAAUCCAUUCUCCCCAUCCUGCCAUCCCAGUUGAAAGUUUUAACUCCAACAGCUGCUUUUUGCCCAUAGAGGGAAGCUAUUUUUGACACCAGUAGCUACUUUCCUCCUAGGGCAAAUAGUAGCUUGUGGGGGUGAGACUUAAUUUGGGGGGCUGUGGUAUGGUAGGAAAGUGGUUGCCACUAUUUAAAUAAAUGCAAACAAAAUAUGCACUUACUAUGAUUAUCCUUCAUUUGGUUGAAUUGAUAGUUAUUGCGGCAUAGUUAAUAAAUUAAGGCCCACCUGAAGGCUUUGUGUGUAACAUUCCCCCCCCCCCCAUGAAUGCACAAGUAUGUGCAUGCUUAAUUCUAGAUAUGCUAUACAAAUUCAUUCCAGUAACCAAAUAUGCACUUCUGCAUGCCUUUUUGACUAAAUGAGCCUACUCUUAGGCUUCAUUUGUGAAAACUGAUCAUUUGUGGAAAAUUUUCCCCAUAAGUGUUUGUUUGUAUUUCAGAGUAUUUCCAGCUUUAAAUCCUAAAAUCAGGUUUCUUAUGACAUAUUUUUAAGGACCUCAACUGUCAUGCAUAUAGUGUAAUAUUUUUCAAUAACUGAUUGAUAUGUGAAAUGUCAGUAUUAUGCAUAUAUGUCAGCAACCUGAUCUUCGCUUAACAAAAUCAGUAGUGUAAAUAGUAUUAUGAUGAGUUGAUUAAUUGGUUAACAUAGAAGUUAACGUAUGUAGAUUGAGAUAUAGUUUACACUGAGUACUAUAAGCACUAUUGUGAUAUGGAGCAACAGUCUGAAGCUCCAGCAAACAGGGGGUUCAGUGUUAAACUAAUAAAUUUACGGUUUUCUCAAGGCCUUUCUUUGUUAGAAUAGCCAUGUGCCAUCUGUGUAGCUUUUGCAUUUGGAUCAAAGUCUUCAAGAUAUUAUUUGUGUGGGGUGUGGGGAAAGUAACCAAAACCUCUUAUUCAGCUGAAAAUGUGUUAACUGUAGCACAUCUUGUAAUGAAUAUACUUCAUUCUUGAGUCCUGGUCGGACAAUUAGUUCUCUGUUCACACCCCCACAGAUUCACAAAUCUUUAGUAUAGUUGAGUACUGGAUUGUAUCGGCAAUACUGCAAAGCACUUUUUACAUUAAAAUAUUUUCUUCAAAUUGUAUGAAGCACUGAGUUUCUGGUUCAUUGUUGCCCUUGAUUCAGUAUAGUGAAAGAUAUAACUAGUGCUUUAUUUCUGGGGGGAUGCAGGGGUAUGCAUGCCCCUAAACAUUUUUUUUUAGAAAAAAAAAGCACUGGAUAUAACAAUUAUUUUUGGAUAAUUGACUCAUUUUUGUUUUCUUAAAAAAAGGAAAUACGCAUUUUUUCCAAUUUGGAAUGUAUAACCCACAUAUAUAUUAGACACAGGGAUACUGCAUGUUUUAAUGGUCUGUGGCUAUUAUCAUUUGUAGCAGGCAAAAAUGUGACACCAUCUUCCCAAUAGAUUAUUGAUAUCACUGUUACUUUUUUCACUUGUUAGUUCCCAGGUACAGAAAUUCAACAAACUAGAAAAAGAGGUAUGCCAGCAGAGACAUGGGGACUUUCCAAUGUAUUGCACAUAAUGUCACAUGUAUGACAGCCUGUUUGCUGAACAGAAGUUGUGGGUAUGUGUUUAGUUCAAUGAGCUCUUGGUCUUCAGGACACAAGAUGGUGACUAGGAGAAGUAGAGAAAGGUUGGUGGACAAGGCAGUUGGAGAUGUAAAAGCUGUGUCCCACUCCCAAGCUGACAGCUCCCCUGGUGUUAGGGGAAUGAGGAAGACCUCACCCUGAGGAGGACAAAAGUGAUCCCUUAAAAAGGACCUAUGCAUUUGAGGGGUGCAUAGAUACUUUGUUAUGCCAAGAAUACAUCUCUGAAGAGUGGAAUUAUCCCGUCAGGCGAAGAAUCAGUCAUUUAGAACAUAGAUAGCUUGGUGUGUGGUGGGCAUGCUGACUUGCCUGUCUGGUGUGAAAGUUGCAAAUGUGUCUCACAUUGUCUAGAUUGGUGGAUGGUGCUGGGGAGGAAUCAGUCACCGUGGUGCAUGUAGACACCAGUGACAUGGGGAAAUGUAGUUGUGAUGGGAAAAUGCAGUUGAGAGGUCCUAGAAGUGAAAUAUAGGCUGCUAGCUAAGAGGUUGGAAGCUGGGAAAGUCAAGGUAGCUUUCUCUGAAAAGCUUAUCCCCCUGGUUCCUGAUGCAGGGUCAACCAGAGAGGCCCAGCUUAGUACUCUCAAUGGGUGAAACUCAGUAUUUUAUAUUGAACAGUUUUGUAUCUGAGUGUUGUUUGUUUAAGGAAAAUGGUUAGCAGCAACUAGAGGUCAUACCAUUUAUACUAGGCUGAAUAUUAUGUUUCUGUAAAAAUGGAAUUUCAAAUGUAAUUGGGCAAGAAUUUAGCAGAUAAAAUGUGAUUAAGGGCCAGUACGGAUACAAACUCUAACUUACUCUUAAAUUCUCUUAAGAUCAUGAUGGUAUCCAUCCCAGAAUACUAUGAAGGCAAGAAUGUCCUCCUCACUGGAGCUACUGGCUUCAUGGGAAAAGUUCUUCUGGAAAAGCUACUAAGGUCCUGUCCGAAGGUGAAAACGGUUUAUGUGUUGGUUAGACACAAAGCAGGAAAGAAUUCUCAAGAACGCGUGGAGGAAAUGAUCAGCUGCAAGGUAUCAUUCCAUAAAAUGGCUAUGUUGAAUUUGACAUUAAAAAGAAUAUUCUAACAAAGUUUUGAAUAAUAGUGAGAAUACAUGUGGUAGUACAGGGAUGGGGAACUUUUCAUUCCAUGGGCCACAUGGGAGCCACAUGUUAUGUGGCGGGACUAGUAUGUGAUAAUUUGUAGAUUUGAAACUGCAUUUUCUUAGUACAGUGAGUUUAUAUCCAGACCAUUUGUAUCAAUAGUAAAAUCAACUAGGAAGCAUUUUUUAGUCUCUCAUCCAGAGUAACAGUGAUACAGAAAACUUUUUAAAAUACCUUUGUCGCAGAGGAGUGUGUGUGUUGCCAUCUCACAUAGUUAUCCCCUUAGAUUUGUGCUCUUAAACUACAUACAUUGUGGUGCUGAUUGCAUUUUACCUGCCUGGGGGAAUUUGGAUUGGUGCCAUCCAUAAGGCUCUACGCUUGCAGAGUCCAAUGCAUGUAAGCUCAUUCAUAUAUGAAAUGGUGUACAGAUUGCAUGGAACAUGCCUGUUAUAUUGGGCUCUGUAGUUUAGACCAUUAUGUAAAUUUGAAGUACCAUGUGCUGAUGUUGGAUCCUGAUGGAUACUUGUUUUCCCAAUAUAUUAUAUAGAUAAAAAGUCUGUACAGGAUAUAAAUUUUGGAGUGCUCAUUCUAACCAAGUAGCAACCUAACAUAAUUAGUGAUAUGUGUCCUAGGCCACAAUAGCAAUUUCAGUGGGCUGAAAUAUAAUUUACAUUUUUCCACAAGGGGCAUGUUACCAGAGCUAUAAGUAUUAACUAGCUAACUCCUUUCUCAUCCAUAGUUAAUUGUAACAUUAAAUUGCAGGAGAAACUAAUACUACUUUGUAUCAAUACUUUUAAGUGUGUAGAGAUAGAUCUUACUUGAGAUGGAUUUAUUUUUAGCAGUGUUUUCAACCUCCUAUCUCUUUUUAUAUAUGAAAAAAAGUAAACUGGUGAACUGAGCAAUUCUAUCUCUCAUCUAAGGAGCAGUGGGGCAAAAGAGAGUUGCUGAGCCAUCACUAUAUCUGCUACUCAUGACAGCCAAUGCUGAAUAUGGCAGUGCUGUUUUCUGCAUAAUUGAUUGUUGUUUGUUUGCUGCACUGGCUCUAAACCUGGAUAAGGCCACUUCCAGUGGCUGGACUGGCUUUGUAUCCAGUGGGGGUGGUUAGCCUCUGGCCUGGGAGCCUCAUCUGUCCAUCAAGCAGUUAUUUCUGACUCCCCAAGACCUCACUGAUUUUGACAGAGACAGCAAAAGAAAGUGCUGAGAUUGAACCUUUCUGCCCAACACAUUGCCCUGUUGGGGAUGUAAAUUGCCCUUCCCGGGUCACCAGAUCAACCACUAGAUGAAUGGAGCACCUGCGUGUGCAUCGGCAUUCAUGUAAGUGAGUGUUUGGAGAGGAGGGACAGAGUGCAGGGAGCAUACUCAUUGUUGGCAUGUCGUCCCUGGAGUUAUAAUCAAGGUUGAACCUGGACCCUAAAAAAGCUACCACCCAUGGUUUAGAGCAUGGAUUUCAACAUGUAAGCGAAAUACUAACUCCACAGUUAACACUGUUUUUGCAUGUAAACAGAACUUAGCUAUGCUAGUUUGCAUAAGUUUUGAAGUAGGCAGUGAAACUCAGUAAUAAUCCCAGCAAGAAAGCUCUUCAGGAAUAUAUAAAGAUUAAACUGAGGAACUUGUUUUAUUCCUAUUCAGAUUCUUUGUAGAAGGAAGAAAUUAUUUCUCAAAGAAAACCAUACCCAUCAGCGUUGUCCAUUGCUGCCAUUUGGUGUAGAGAUAUAUUUAGCGGUUGAAAUGGAUGAAAACAGUUUGUUGAAACAUUCAAAAUACUUUCAUUUUUUAAAAGAAAUAUAAAGCCUUUUAAUAUGCAUAAUGUAAAAGGCUUUGCUUUGAAUAUGGAAUUAGUUGCAUAUACUUGAGUAAGUUGCCCCUCAAAAGCUUCUUUUGAGGAAAGAAAAUACUGCAACAGUUGAGCGAGGAAUAUGUAUGUAUUCUUGCCUUGCGGUCAUUACACUUUCUUUUGACCUUGUAUAUUCACUCUUAGCUAUAUUUGGUCCUGUUUUCUUUUGACAGCUCUUUGACAGAUUGAGAGAUGAACAGCCGGAAUUUAAUGAAAAAAUUAUAGCAGUUGCCAGUGACCUUACAGAAGUAGACAUGGCCCUUAGUGAGGAAGACAAGGAGAACCUCAUAAACUGCACUAACAUUAUAUUCCACUGCGCUGCUACUGUAAGAUUCAAUGAAAUUCUAAGGUGAGUCUGAACUAUUAAUUUAAUAUGUUCUGGUUCCCUUUUUAAAGCUACCUUAGUCAUCUUGUAACCUUUAUAAAAGAAGUAAAUGCUUUAUCCCUGGUUGCCUAAAUGCUUUUGGCUCACAAUAAGAACAUAUGCAUUCAUUCUAUGCACUUUAAACUUUAGAAAAGGGAAGAGUAAAAGGUAUUAGCCCAACUUUUCAUUUGACAGUUGUGUGAAAUGGAGCGGUACCAGUUUAGAAACAAAAUUCAAAAGUGGUAUGUCUCAUUCGCUGUUGCUUCAUACACAUUCCCAUUAUGGUAGGCAUCUUCUUUUGCAUUGUGUUUUUUGGUGCAGUCUAGUGUACGGUAUAGAGUGUUGUAGCUCCAAUACUUUUUACUAGCUGGGUGUAAAGCAAAUUAAAGGUAAAAGUAAAGGUACCCCUGCCCGUACGGGCCAGUCUUGCCAGACUCUAGGGUUGUGCGCUCAUCUCACUCUAUAGGCCGGGAGCCAGCGCUGUCCGCAGACACUUCCGGGUCACGUGGCCAGCGUGACAAAGCUGCAUCUGGCGAGCCAGCGCAGCACACGGAACGCCGUUUACCUUCCCGCUGGUAAGCGGUCCCUAUUUAUCUACUUGCACCCGGAGGUGCUUUCGAACUGCUAGAUUGGCAGGCGGUAAAGCAAAUUGUUGCAUAUUUAAUCUGGCUGAGGUAGUUCAGGUGUUCUGACUCUUGGAUUACUUGAUUAGCUGAUUCUUUCAUUGAGUGAUAGAUAUUAAAGGAGGAGGUCUGUGGCUCAGUUUUAUUAUUGCACGUAUAACGCACAAGUUCAGAAGUUUGCAUCUAAUCAAAGUUUUAUUGUUUCUUUAUCUUGGAAUUACUUAAGUAUUGCCUAAGGGUUCUGAUGCUUCCAAGAUAGACUUAUUUUUUUCUUGUCACAACUUGACUGCAGUAGUCUCUCUAGAAUUAAGUUAGCAAUUUUUCUCUCUCCAGAUUGAAAAGAAUUCCAUCCUCUUACUGUGGAGAGAGAUAACGUGCUGAAUCUUCUGCAUACUUCACAUCUUUAUGUCUCUAGUCCUGUUUUCUUACUCAUUGCCUUCAUCCUUUCUCAUAGCACCCAGCCAAAAUUUUCAACACUGUCUCCUGUUUGUGCAUUAUUGUGUGUAAUGAUUGCCUUUAAACAAGAACCUGCAAAUAGUGGGGUUCAGUUUAUGUGACAUGUGACGCUUGGACUAUAUAUCUGUUCAUUGUCCCAGUGUCACCUUUUUUUUUUACAGCAAAUAUGUGACCUGCGUCAUUUGAAGAAUAUAAUAUACUUGAUUUUGGCAUCAUUUAGUUGAUAAGAAAAGCCUAAUGCUCAAUUUGUAAGAAAUGUUAGUCUGUGCUGUUGUGAGGGAAGUUUUGGAACCACAUUAUUGAGUACCCUCCCAACCUAAGAAAACAUAAAGCUUCUUAUACUUUGUAAGAGGAGAAUGGGGGAUUUGGAUAGAAGUGUGCCAAGAAGAUUAGAGGUGAGCUGCAUGCUACUGGAAACACUUGCCUUUUCCAUCUGUUGACACAAAAGAUCCUGUUGGUUUUCAGCAGAUACACUAGUAGCAGCUGGAUUUGACCAGGCUAUGUUUCCUGAACAGCUAGGAGACAGCAAAUCACAAAGGAAUCUUGUUGUGCAUACAUGUUGAGUUUGGAUACCUGAAAGUACUGUUUAGUACACUUGUUUUUUUUCUCUCUCUCAACAGAGAUGCUGUUCAGCUCAAUGUAAUUGCGACACAACAACUUCUCUUCUUGGCCCAGAAAAUGAAGAAUCUAGAUGUGUUUAUCCAUGUUUCAACAGCAUUUGCAUACUGCAACCGAAAACACAUUGAGGAAGUGGUCUAUCCACCCCCUGUUGAUCCUAAGAAAUUAAUAGAUUCCUUAGAGUAUGUGUCUAAUGCUUCCCUCCCCUUUUAUUUCAUGCUUUCAAAACUGAAAAAUGUUGGAAAGUUUUUUUAUAGCUGAUACAAAAUGAGAAUGGAUUGAACAUUGCUGGUUCUGAUCUUGGCCAUAUGCUAAGGUGAUUUUUAGCAAUUAGAAAAGUAGGGCUUAUUUGGAAAUGCCUUCUCUCUGAAAUACAUUGGCUAGAAAAAAGGAAAGUCUACCUUAUGACUCAGGGUUUGCUACUGAAAUGCAGAAUGGGGUUAAGGCAUCAAAAUACGUCUUAAAUUAGAAACCAGUUUCUGUAAUCUGCUGUUCAAUAUAAUUGUUUCAGAUGGAAGAUAAAUUAGGAAAUAUUCUUUAAAAAAUUGUAUUGAACUAUAAAAAGGAGCAUAUUUUCCUAAUGGAAUUUCCGUGAGUAAAAAUUGCAUCACUUUAGGUAUUCUGUUUCAAGUGUAAAUAAUGACUACAGCAAUGAAGUAGAGGCGUCAACCAAAAGUGUGUUAAAGGAAAAUGAAAACAAAAGAGCAUGAACUCUUGUGGGAUCUUUAAAUGUUCUUAUAGUCAACACUGAAGUAACAUCUCAGUCUGGUACAUUUCUUUCUUUGUGCAGUUAAUGCACAAAUAACACAAAUGUGUUAACACAAAUGACACCUAAAUCGUGGCCAUUCAGAAUUUCAGUAACAAAUGAGUUGUCAAGUUUUGUUAAGAUGACAUUCUUUGUUUAAAAAUGAGCUACAAUUAUGAGUAAUCCAAGGUUGCCCAGGGAAAACAUGACUGCUUUGAGUUUCAUCAAUUCCCCUCCAGCAUGAUGCCAGUGCCCACCCUGUUCAGCUGGACCUGCAGCAGGCUGAGUGAGAGACUUUUGACUCUAACCCUCCACAGACUAGAAAAGCUUUUCCAAACUUCUUUUAAACUUUUUAAGUGGUCGUAUUUUAAAAUAUAUAUAUAUAUAACUUUGAUUUUUUCAUGAAGAACAGAUUUUAUUAGCCAUCUUUGGUGCUUUUGAGUUGACUGAUAGGAUGUAAAUGAAUAAAUAUGUUUAUUUCUUUAGGUGGAUGGAUGACAGCCUAGUGAAUGAUAUUACACCAAAACUAAUAGGAGACAGGCCUAAUACUUAUACAUAUACAAAAGCCUUAGCAGAAUACAUUGUACAACUGGAAGGUACAAAACUAAAUGUAGCCAUUAUAAGGCCAUCAAUUGUGGGUGCCAGCUGGAAGGAGCCUUUCCCAGUAAGUCAACCUUAACCUUUUUUUAGCAAAAUUUCUUAGUCAUUAUUUACUAUUGAUUCAGUCUGUAUUACUAGGACACAGGCCAGGGCUGUGUGAAAAGCAGAUUGACUCCGGAUCGGUCUAAGCCAUCUCUUUUAAAAUCUUGUGUAAAGGGAGCUAAGUGAUAAAUGGAUGUAGGCCAUAAGGAAGCACUACUUGGGGCUUAUGGUUUAUCAGUACUGAGCACCUUAUGCCUGUAAUGAGUAACAUACAAUCACAAUGUUACAUGAUCAGUAAGACCAGGCAUAGAUUUUUUUGGGACUACAACUCCCACCAUCCCUAGCUAACAGGACCAGUGGUCAGGGAUGAUGGUAAUUGUAGUCUCAAAACAUCUGGAGGGCCGAGUUUGCCUAUGCCUGAAUCAGACUUUCUUCCAAAUAAUACCCUUACACUUAGUAUCACUUCCCAUAUUACAGUUGCUACUCCUUGAGUUUCUUAUGGUAACAUUUUAAUUAUCUCAGAAGAAAUGGUUCUUGCCUAAUGAUAAAUCAGCAAGCAAUGAGCCAAUGGGCUUAUUCUUAGCAUAUUGACUAUUCAUACAUUUCUAAAGUAGUUUAUUGUUAAAUAUUUUACUUGUUGAAUGAAAAAAAUGUUUUGUGAAAACUGCAUAGUUAUGCUAUGGAAUUAAUAUAUUUGUGAAUUGUUUUGAAAAUGCUUUCUUAAUAUGACUGAAACAGUUAAUGUCUUCCUCUUCUUACCCCAUUGAUUUUCCUUGUCCAAAAACGUUUGUCAAAAAGAAAAAAAUGUUUAUAUACUGUGUAUGCAUAUGGCAGUAUAUAUAAAUAUAAAAUUGGAUUGUAAAUAAAAAAUGGAAAUAUUGUGACAUUUACUCAGUUGCAAAAUGAUUCCCAGUUUAUUUUCAUAGCAAGUAAGCCGGUAAAUCUUCCUUAUGCUUUGUUUCCAAACAGGGAUGGAUUGAUAACUUUAAUGGACCUAGUGGCCUUUUUAUUGCUGUAAGUAAAAGUUAAAAUGUAGACAAAUAUAUUUUUCUGAAAAGCUAAAGUGGCUUGAAAUGGCUUUCUUAUCUUGUACCUUCUGUUUUAAGGCAGGAAAAGGAAUCCUUCGAACGAUGCGAGCCUCAAACAAUGCAGUUGCAGAUCUUAUUCCAGUAGAUGUAGUCAUCAACGCAACAAUAGCUGCUGCCUGGUAUUCCGGAGUUAAUAGGUAUAACAGGUGACAAUGCAUUUUUUAAAAAUUGACUAAGCGGUGGUCUUAUGAUAGUAAACGAUUUGCUUACAUCAGUAUGGGAUUGUGCUUUCUGUUUCUAUAGCCACAAGGAACUCUUAUUGCUUCCAUUACCAUUGCGACUGUCUCAUGCCCCAAAUUUAGUACAGGGCCCAGGUGCAUACAGCUCAAGGGGUGUUUCGGACAAGCGUCAAACAAUGGCAAAUUGCACAGUUUUUUUCCUGAGAAGCCCCUGCAUUGUUGCUAGGACUUCCGUGGCAUGCUUUUUUGCUUCACAAAGAGAGCAGUGCAAGCAGGAUUGGAGGCAACCUGUACUGAGCACAACUUCACCCCGCUUCAGAUCUUGCUGGUGUCUCUCCAGAUGUAAAAUGACAGACCCCAGAGACCUCUGCAGCAGUUCAGACAUCUGUGUAUAGGGGCUGCAUCACUCUAGCUGCACUAACAUUAUUUGUUUCAGUUUAAACCAUAUUUGGGGUAAACUCAUCUGUAUCCAUAGAUAAGAGGGAAUGAGUUAUUAAUUUUCUGGGGGAUGAUGGUGUUGCAACAUAGUCUACCUACCCUGAUUACUGACUCCACUUCUCUUCAGCUGUGGGCUCGUGGCAGUUUAGUUCCCAUUGCUUCUCUUCAGAAUCCUAGUGGGCAGUCCCUGGGAGCUUUGUGAACUCCUUGCCUUUGCCCUCGGUUAAAUGUGAAAGUUUUGGGUGGCAGCAUUGUAAUGCUGGAAUACUCUCCUAUGUGAGGCUUCCAUGCCCCAAUACUGAUUACUUUGAAGUAUUACAGAAGUUCUAGAGAAGAAACACAAGAGAAAGCAAUGUGACUUGGACUUCCUCAUUACAUAUAUAUUGGUGUUUCUCAUCCGAAGAGCGCAAAGAAACACAUCCUCUGUGCUUCCUCUUCCCACUUCUCUGGCAGGUCCAAAGCUGUUCUUAGAUGUAUAGUAAGAGUAUUUCCAGUUUGUCUCCUACUUUUAUUAUUUUAUUAUCCAAACACUCACUCACAUGAAUGCCUAUGCACACACAGGUGUUCCAUUCAUCAAGUGGUUGAACCGGUGACCAGGGAAGGGCAAUUUAUAUCUCCACCAGGGGAAUGUGUUGAGUGGCCCUCUAUGACUUAGCAGCUAGGAAGAUUAGGAAGAAAGAUCUGGAUGGGCUAGUGGUCAGUCACAGUGGGUACUCAGAGAUCUAAUUUACACAUUUUAUUUGAAAAUUACUUUUUAUUCUGUUUAAUAAUAAAUUUUGGUGGGUUUGACCGUGGUUUUACUGCAUAUGUAGCAACUGCUGCCCCCCCCCCUUUGGAUGUUGCCAUGGCCUUUGUCUAGGUCAAUAAAAUCCAAUAAAAAUAAAAUAUAAAACAGCAAAAAUGUAUCACAUAGGAACAUAGUAACAAACAGAAACAGUAAUGCCCCCCCCCCCAUUUAAAAUGUCAGAUUGUUUAAUUAGCUAAAGGCCUGGAAUGUUUUUGCCUGGUGCCUAUAGAUAGGGAGAGCAUUCCACAAGCAGGGAGACAUCACCUAAAAGUUCCAUUUUUGUGUUGCUACCCUCCCAACCUCUCACAGAAGGUGCACACAAAGAAAGAAGGGCCUCAGAUAAGGAGUGCAGGGUGCAGGUCAGUUCAUAUGGAGAGAGGUGGUCCUUGAGGUAUUGUCGUCCCAAGCUGUUUCAAGGCUUUAUAGGUAAAAACCAACAUUGUGAAUUGGGCCCGGAAAGCAGUUGGCAGCCAGUACAGUUGGGCCAGGACUGGUGUUGAGUAAUUAAUAAAUCCACUGAAUCAGUUUAUAAAUGCUACACUACAAAGUGGUUUUUUUAAAAAAAUCCUUGGCUUCUUAUUCAUAUUACUAUUUGCUGUGGUAGGGAUGUGGGUGGCGCUGUGGGUUAAACCACAGAGCCUAGGACUUGCUGAUUAGAAGGUCGGCGGUUCGAAUCCCCGCGACAGGGUGAGCUCCCGUUGCUCGGUCCGUGCUCCUGCCAACCUAGCAGUUCGAAAGCACGUCAAAGUCCAAGUAGAUAAAUAGGUACCACUCCGGUGGGAAGGUAAACGGCGUUUCCGUGCACUGCUCUGGUUCGCCAGAAGCGGUUUAGUCAUGCUGGCCACAUGACCCGGAAGCUGUACGCUGGCUCCCUUGGCCAAUAAAGCAAGAUGGGCGCCGCAACCCCAGAGUCGGUCACGACUGGACCUAAUGGUUAGGGGUCCCUUUACCUUUACCUUUAUUUGCUGUGGUAUUGGUUAGCUACUUUUACCUUUUUUUUUCUUUUUUGCUUUUUAUUAUGUGAACUAUUCUUUUGUCUUAAGAGGAAUGAUAAUAUAGAAAAUAAUUUAACUAAUUUUUGUUUUUCAGACCAAGAAAUAUUAUGGUAUACAACUGUACUACGGGUGGCACCAAUCCCUUCCAUUGGGGUGAAGUUGGUAUGCCUUCUUUUUUUCCUCUGCAGUUUAAUAAAUUAACUUAUUGGUGAACCUUUAGAAAGCCAUGCAUGAAGAUUCACUAAAAAAAAAUAAGAAUUGCUUUUAAAGGACCAAGCGUUGAUUUGUCCCUGCUUUCUGAUUGGGAGCAGCUUUUCAAAUAAAUUUGCUCUCUCCAUAGAUACUUGUCCUUCUAGACUGCUAGAACCAUUAAGCUCAUAGGGGAGAAGAUUGUUUUGCUACGUAUGCUUGAAAAUACAUUGUGUGACACAGCAUUUUAGUGUAUGCAUGUAGUGUUAGAGCAAUGUGUACCAAAUAUUUCAAAUAUAUAUAUUUGCCUUUUUAAAGCAUUACAAAAGUAAUAAAAAUAUAAUAUAGUAUAAAAGAGGCUUUACUUAGUGGUGUGUGUGUUUAUGCUGUGGUUCUACAGAAAUGCAUGAGUUUUCAGAGAGAACAUGUAACCCUUAAACAGCUUCAAAGCAGUGUUUCAGUGUGAGGGUAAUAGCUGCUGAAAUCACAGAGGGCAGAAUGGUGAUUGAGAUUUACCAGUGGUUUGAGGGCAGAGCCUCAGUAGUCUGUAGAACUCCUUUAGCUUUAUCCAUGAUUCUAGAACAAAAUAUGCAAAAUAGUGAAAAAUAUAAAAUAAAUAACUCAAAACAAUGUAAACAUUAAGCAGAUUUUCAUAACUUAUUCAGCCCACAUAUUUCAAUUUUUCUACCAAAUUGAACUGCACCAGUACCCAGCUCCUACAUUUUUUUUAGCACAGUGUACAUACACACCUGGUUUUACUUAAGUAUUGGACUACAAUUGAUAGCAGUACUUUGAUCAGAGUUAUAACAUCAGAGCAAAGCACAUUAUAAUGAUUCUUAAAGGGAAGAGGGCCAAGAGUUGCAGUUCUGCACCAGCGUGGAGUUUGCAGGCAUUAUAUGUACUGUGGUACCUUGGUUCUUGAACUUAAUCCAUUCGACUCCCGAAACCAUUUGAAAAUCAAGGCAUGGUUUCCAAUUGGCUGCAGGAGCUUCCUGCAGUCAAGCGGAAGCCACAUUGGACGUUUGGGUUCCAAAAAACAUUCACAAACCAGAACACUUACUUCCGGGUUUGCGGCGUUCCGGAGCCGAUUUGUUUGGGGGCCAAGCCAUUCAAGAAUCAAGAUACCACUGUGUAGCUUUUCAAGCAAACCUCAUAAAGUGGCUUACACUAAAAUGUUAAAACAAAAGCAAUGAGCAUUAGUUAAAUGCUUAAAAUAUGGGAAAGGUAAGCUGCAAGGAGAAAAAAAUGUUUCAAGGCUAGAUAUUGAGUAGCAGCAGUUGAUGGGUAGCGGUGGGUGGGUAAAAUAGUUUAUCUAACUUACAGCCCAUGAGAAAAUGGGAUUUGCUGAGUUUUGAGGAAUCAGUGAUAUAUAAAAAAAGCAGUUACAUAGAACUAAGUUAUUUUCCAAUUUCUAACCGUACUAACAUAAUUUGUUUAAAGUUUUACAUCUCUGGAUUAUUAUUUUUUACAGCAUCUCUUCCCAGGUAAUUAAUAGCCUGCAUAUAAUCUUAACAUUAUUCUUUACCAUCUUCUUUUCUGUCUAGUCAGAAUGUCAAAAGCAGUGCAUAAAUCUUCCUCUUCUGGAGGACUUCCUUUUUACUGUAAGAACGCUUCUUUAUUUCACUGGAAGUUGGGUUAAGACAGUACAAGAUUACAGAUUCUGGCCUUCAGUCUGAGAAACCAAAAUAAACCUUAAUGAACAAUUCCUUAAUUUAAUUCAGAUGUGUUUGAUACCUGAGCUAAUUAAAAAUGUUGGGUUAAUCUGUAAUGCAACUUACAAAUUGUUGUGUGAUACAUAGGUCAUAGCAUAGUGUCAGCCAGUGGAGCUCUAUUUGCAAUUAUUUACAAACACAAGGUUAAUAAUUAAGUAGGAAAGAGGAACAGAGAGAGCACAGAACAGGAAAUGAAGCUGCAAUCAGUGGAGCACUUAAAAGCACCAAAAGAAUUCCAGUGAGAGAGACUACUUAGGCUUGACAGUUGAACUGAAUGAAUGCUGAACAUUGCUAAUUAGUGAAAGAUGUGUACGAAAGAUGUGCUUUGAUUCAUUGAGAAUAGUACUUGUAUGUUAUGUCCAUGGAAGUCCAUUACAUUUAAAUGGUUAUUAUCAAAGCUGUUACACAACUUUUCUUUCUUAGAAUACCAUGUAAUAUCCACUUUCAAGAGGAACCCUCUCGAACAGGCCUUCAGACGGCCCAAUGUAAAUCUAACCUCCAAUCACCUUUUAUAUCACUACUGGAUUGCUGUAAGCCAUAAGGCCCCAGCAUUCCUGUAUGAUAUCUACCUCAGGAUUACAGGAAGAAGCCCAAGGUAAUGGUGACUAGCUCUGUCUUCUGUUCCUCAUGACAAACCCAUGUUUACACGAUUAACACAUUAACAUGUUAUUUGUUAUUAUGAUUGAAUGUGCCACUAAAUCCACAGAGAUGUUUGACUUCAGGCCAUGAAAAUGGUGUAGUAUGGAUAAUGUGCUAGGUAGCUAAACCAUCAAGAUGUCUAAGGCUGUUGAAUUUGCUACCUAACUGUGGGUUCAUUCUUUGAACAAGAGCUGCUCAAAACAUUGUGACCCUUAUUUUUCCUACAGAGAGUUACAUAAAUUUGACAUUCAAGAGGAAUCCUUUAGAACAAGCAAUAAGGCGUCCCAAUGUUAAACUCCAGUCCAACCCCCUUAAACAUCAUUAUUGGACUACAGUCGGUCACAUACUUCCUGCGUUGUUAUACGAUGUUGUUCUAAGGUUGACAGGUCAGAAACCGUGGUAAGAAGGAAAGGGCUAAUACUUUGCUGGAAAGGUGAUGGAAGCUUUUUGGCGGUGUAGAUCAAUGGCAUGAGCUUCUUCUGUAAAUUUACUAAUAGAAGCAUCAACAAUAACAGUAAAAGAGCUGGAUGUUUCUUAGGACUUAGUGAUUGUUUGAAGUUCAUUUUCUUACAAUGAAUCUAACAGUCCCAGCCAUUUUCUAAGUCUUUUGAAUCAUUCCACUCUAGCACUGUUAUUGAAAUUAUAAGCUGAAAUGGAAUGGGAGGGCAAGGAGAUGUAAGAGAUAAACAAAUAUAUAAAUAUAUAUGUAUAUAUUGCCAUCUGUAUAAAUAUAGAUGACAAUCAUGGUGUACUUGUGUUUUUUUAAUGGAUGAUACAAGUCACUUAACACAUUUUAUCUCACUGACAUUCGGCUUAUAAUUCUUCUGGCUACCUUUUUUAAGUAAGCAAAAAGUUUACUUUAACUCGUCAAAAUUGCAUAGUUUUAUUCUUCCUAUUUUAUAGUUUUAAAAUGGCACGAUUUUCAAGCUUUCUUUUGCAGAAUGGAUGUUCAAACUGCACAACAACCACCACCACUGAGAUCUGAGGGAACAGAGGAACUGUCAAGUUCUGUUAUUUUCAAAGUUAAAUUAGCAUUUGCAAUACUACUACUUUUUUUAAAAAAACAAAUGCAUAUUUUGGUAUGUCCUCUAUUGACUUUAGAAGCUCCAGCAUAAAACUUGUCCAUGUUCUGUGACAGCAUCAGCAUAUUUUACCAAAAGUUAGUUCAUGCACAGAAAUAAUGCUUGUUAUGCUUUAUUGCUUGUGGCAUUGUCUUGAUGGCUAUUGUGGAAGCAUGGGCAAGUAUUAUGCCUCCAUCUUUGGAAUUUGGUGACUUUAUGCCAUUCUCUCAGCUGCCAAUACCAGCUUCUCAGGUCCAUCAAAGUAGACGUGCUACACAUAAAGGCAUGCUUCUGCUCUGUUGCACUGAUCCAGAGGAAUUUUCUCUAUUGGUUUUGGAAGAACUUUAACAUUCUUGCCAGUUACAUAAAUUUUAUGUAUGUAUUUAUGUAUGUAGAACAACAUUCUUAUCUAUGUACAAGACUUUAGGCUUCAGUCCUUUACAUUAUGGAUGGGCAUUGGCCAGGCUGACAGGGGCUGAUGGGAGAUUGAGUCCAACAACAUCUGGAAACCACUGGGCAUCUGCUGCUGCUAUACAAAUGACCUGGGAGUAAAGCUCAUUAAACUCAGUGGGACUUACUUCUGGCUAGAUAUGCAUAGCUUUGUACUGUUUUUUGUUACUUUUCCAGACCAUCAUCGAGUUCCUUAUGAGAUUAACACUGCUCAGUAUCUCAUUAGUUCAGUAAUGGUAGGAAAACGUCAAUAGAAACAGUUUGUCUACCACUCCUGAUUUUACACCUGUGGUUGAAGAGAAAAUGUUGAACGUAUUUUAGGGAAUCUUCAGAAUUGCAGUAAAAGACCUAGCUAGCAUUCUGUGUUGACCGACAGCACACAUUAGAAGAUUCCACAACACACAAAGGUGUUUCUCAAUAUAGGCUUUUUGGAAACGGGGGUCUUCAGUGGGUGUAUUAGAUCAUUUCCUAUGAAAAUUAACCUAUGAAAGCAUUCUAAAGAGAAAGCUAAAGAAACAUUGCACUAUGGCAAGCGUUGUGUUAGUGAAGUCAUUUCAGCUUGCCAGAUGGUAGGUUUCCCCUUGUCAUCUCCCCUGUGCUGUUCUGGGGGUUCUCCCAACCCCUCUAGGAGCAACUAGGGGAAGGAGGGGAAGUGCUGUUGCCCUAGCGGAAGUCUUUGGUUGAAUCUGGCCCACAUAUAUGCUCCCCUGCUUAAUACUAGAAGCUGUGUUCAUCCAUUGAAGCUGGAUGGUUGGAGAUUCAGUACAGAGAAAAAGAAGUUAUACUGCUUAACCUCUCACUUGUGCAGCAGCAUGUGAGGGGAGGAGAGGGGGUGUUUGGUACAGCGGCCACAGUUGGGGUUAGCUUAAACCAGUAGCAUUUAUUUCAUAGCAAAAAGUACCAAGCUACCAAUAUUCCCACUUCCUUCCUUUUGUGGAGUGCCUUGAAAGUGUAGCCAGGGGAGAGCGAAGUCUGUGAGAGCAGACUUUCUAUUUCUUCCUCUCCAACUCUGGUCCAGUGACUCACAGCCCUCCAGAGCAGAUUUUGAGGCAGUUCAGGGAAGGGAAGAGGAACUCCUGUUAUGCCAGAAGAAAUCAAUUCUGCUGGUGAGAAGCCCCAUUGGAUGUCGCCCAGGGAAUUGAAACUCAAAAUUGUUCAUCUAGAAAGUAAAAUACUCACUCUUAGUAAGCUUGCGUCCUUAACUUCAAGUGUACUUGAAUGUAAUGCAUUUUUUAAUUACUGCUAAAAAUCUUUAUAGUCAGUAUUUUUCUGUUCUUCUGACUUUUGUGCUUAUGAAUGUUUGGAAAGAAGAGCUCUGGCUAAGCUUUUCAUAAUAUGGGUGAGCUGCACAAGUUCCCUUGUUGUAGUUCAGACACAUUUUAGGUCCUUAGAAGAAAUGUAUAAAAAAAAAUCCUAAUAGGAAAAAGUGUUGCAUAGUUUCAUUGUCUUGUAUUGCUUUUCUGGUAGGUAGUUAUUUGUAUUUGGGAUGUAGUUCUUCCUGUUAAAUAGCUUUCCCCCAAACAUACUUCUUUUAUUUAAAUUAUAAAAUAUUUUACACACAGUAGAAUUUGACCAUCCUGCUCAGUAUAGGCAAACAACCACAGUCUUUCCUAAAGCUGUUUCAUACAGAUGCUAAUUUUAUUUUCUCGUCCCUUUCCCCUUUUCAUCUUCUUUGCUCUUUAUCAUCAGUGCCUUCCAUUUUAAGGAUCAGGCUGGAAAUGUAUGUGUAGAAUCACUGUAUGCUCUUGGCUGUGGCUAGCCGGUGCCAGUGGAAUAAGUUGUUGCUCUAGGAAGACAAUAUGCACCAGAACUUAAUUUUCCCUACAAAUGUACUAAAAAUGUAUUUAAAAAAUGAAUAUUCAGUUUCCUGGAUUCAAAUUUAUACAUAAACAUAUUUUUUAAAAUAGAAAAGCUGCUUUCCAUGUUGAUCCUAAUAAUAGAAUGCACUGUAUUCAGACAAAUUAUUCAUUGUUGCCCCAGGUAGGCAAUGAACAUGGAUAGAAUAUUUCUGCAUAUUAUGUAGUAAACCCUUACAUCUGAACUGGCAUACUGCAUUGCAUCAGUUGGUGUAACGUGAUGAUAUUGGAAAGGAGAAUUGUUAUGUAAUGUAAACUUUCCUUAUUGGCCUCUGGAGUAAUGGGAGCGGGCAUUCGGUGUGUUGAUUCUCAAAUAAAUACCCAACAUAUUAUUUGUGUGAGAAUUAUACUCAGGGGCACUUUCUGUUGCAGGGGAGCUGCCCUUCAAUGCUAUCCACAGAAAUAGUUUUCUGGGAGCGGUGGAGAAAUAGAGAAAGGACAUCUGUCUCUAGAGUUUGCCCUUUGUAGAUUGAGGCUAAGCUUUGGUCAAGCCAGAAAGUUACAGAUAAAUUUUUGAAUCCAGUGUUUCCCCUCUUGACUCGGCAAUUAAAACUACUAGAUAAUAUUUCUCUUCUUCUUUAACUCUAUCUACUUCAUAUUAAGUCUCUCUCUAUAAUCUAGUUUUCACUAUACUGUCUAAGCAUGUAGUUCAUAAUUUUCCUUAAAAUAUUUAUUAAAAUGCAAUGCAGAAAUAUUCUAGUUAUGUUAAAUUUACUUGAGUGCCUUGGGGUUGGGAGACAAUUAGAGGAUCUGAGUUUAGACAUGUAGUUUUUCAAAUGUCAUUUUCUUGAAUAACAUCUUCCCCUGAACUGUAGGAUGAUGAAAACAAUAACACGUCUUCACAAGGCUAUGAUGUUGCUAGAAUAUUUCACCAGUAAUUCUUGGGACUGGAACACAGAUAACGUCAAUAUGCUCAUGAGCCAGCUGAGUCCUGAAGACAAAAAGGCAAGUUACAUUUGUUUUUGUCUUAGCAAUGACUUACUCACUGUACUAUUGACAUGUCAAGGUUUUCAAAGAAAGAAUAGCUGACAGGGAAAAUAGGAAAAAAUCAAGCUAUAGUAUAAUCGUGUGCUUGGUUCCUUUCUUUGCUUUAACUUUUAUAAAAACUAAUUUACAAUGCUAGACACCUUGUCUGCACUAGCAUUCCUGAUAUGUUCAGCUAAUCCAAAUGAGUUUGAAUGAACUUUAAAUAUUUGAAAUUGAGAUCAAUUGGUGAAGCUAGAUUUUUAUUUUUUGAAAUUAUGUAGACUGUCAUACUCUAUGCAGGUAUCUGAUACUGAAUCAUUUUAAUCUUAGAUUAAAAGGUUAAUGUCAAGAUAGCUCAGUAGUUUAAAUCUGCUUGAAAACAAUAAGUAGGCUAUGAGACUAAUUUCUGUUCAGCUUGUUAACAUAAACUAGGACUAAACUGUUAAUAUGCAGCAGUUUGUGAUUAUGGAUUAAAAUAAUACAUUCAGUAACAAGGUUUUAAGAGUAUGUGUGCCUAUUUUAAGUCUUGUUACAUGUUGGCAAAAGCAAGGAUAACUUGGAACUGUAGUGCCUCAAUGAGUUCUAACCAGAAACAGAAUCUCUAAAGGAUUGAAUUUAGGGAUUGAAUUUAGGACCUUCUGCAUGCAAGGCAGGUGCUCUGCCACUGAACUAGGGUGCUGUGAUUGUCCACAGUCCUGUGCCCCAGGCCUGCACCAACAUUGUUUCUCUGCUGGCACCACCUUACUUUGGGCUCCUUCAAUAGCACAGUGUGGUUUGGUUGUGAUUCUUUACCCUUCCACCCAUAAUUCACAAAGAAGCUCAUUGUGACAAUGGCUAUGCAUUCUCCAACCUUACAAUGUAGGACUGACUACAGGGACCACCGCUUUAUUGCCUACUCUGAGGUAGAACUAAUAUCAGCUAUGCCUUUUUAACCCCUCCCCCUGUUUGUAUCAGCACACAGGCCAUUCAGGCUUAUGAUGGCUACACUUGCUCUACACGCACUAAUAUUUACAUCAUUUCACAUCCAAAGGGGCUCCACACUAUAACUCUACAAACCUUUUUAAAGGGGGAAAUUUAAAUGCCCCAGUUAGCUUGAAGUGGGGGGGGGUGGUCAUCCUUUCAGGUUGAUUCUGCAUGUCUCUUGAUUAACAGUUUGUAGAGUUAUAGUGGGGAGCACCUUUGGAUGUGAAAUGAUGUAAAUAUUGGUGCCUUUAGAGCAGGGGUAGCCAUCAUGGUUUACUCCAUACGUUGUUGGACUCCAAUUUCCAUAAACUCCAACCAGCAUAGCAACUGGGGAUGAUGGGAGUUGUAGUCCAGCAGAUCCGACCCACCCGUGAGGCAGGGUGAAGCAGCCACCUCAGGGAGUGGAAAUGAAAGUGGUGGCGCCCCCACCUGCCCUGCUGCUUCAACCACUGGUGGAGAAGCAAUCCGGGUAUGGUAGGUUUUGGUGGCUGCAGAGUAGCACAGCAUUCCUCUCCCCAGCGUUGCUGAUUAACUAUGAAACAGUUUCAUCUGUUGUGCUCUUGACUUAAGAAUAAAGUUACAUUUCAUUUGUGAAGUUUGGCAUAAUACUGUUCGUUCUUUUUGUGACAGACCUUUAAUUUUGAUGUUCGACAACUACACUGGGCAGAAUAUAUGGAAAAUUACUGCAUGGGAACGAAGAAAUAUGUAUUGAACGAGGAAAUGUCUGGUCUCCCAGCAGCUCGGAAACACUUGAAUAAGUAUGUAUAGUUUAUGGGUGGAAUUUACCUAACAAGUCCAAUCGGUGCAAGCUCUGCACAAGGGCUUCCACUUGUUCAACAUAGCUUUUCCUUCUUCUAGUAUACUCCCUAAAUAAUUUUACUUGUGGGGGCAGGUGUCAGGAGAGCCUCCAUAAUAUCACACGAGAGAGGGGAUUGUUCUGCUUGGCAAGCUGCGGUGCUUGUGCUGAUGGGAAAUUCACUAUAGCAUGAUUUCAAGUUCUGCCCUCAACCUUUAUUCUUUACUUUUUAGAAGGUAAUGGCAAUUGAAACCUUACUGCCUCUUUUAAUGUCUGGUGCAGAGGAGGGUAAUGCUGCAUCCGUCUGGUUUUGGGAUCAAAGAAUUCUCAUGCAGAUAUAAUACCUGAGGGAAGGUGUUAAUUGUGACACCAUAUGCAAGUAAAAAAAAAAAGUUUACUGAUAAUUUUCCUUUUGGAGUAUAACAAUAUAGCUGCUGUGAAGUCAUAGAAGUCAAAAUAUCACAAAAUGUAAAGUACAUAAACCUGUACAAAUGGAAAAUUUAAUCUCCUUAAUGACCCCACCAUUCUUGUUGCUUUUCCAAAUUAAAUUUGACUGGGGGGAAAGUUGCAGUAAUAUUGGGUAGCUUAAAAAAAAAAGGUUGACACCACAAAAAAUCUAGAGUUACCCAUAUGCUCUAUUGUGAUAUGAAAUAAAAAACAGUGCUAUAACAUGAUUUUUGUAUGUAGGUGAGCAGCUAAGCUAAGAAUUUUGCAACAUGUAGGGUUUAACAGGGGAAGGCUUACCAUCUCAGCUGGUUUACUGACAAGUCUUGUCACAAGGAGUCUCUAGAAAUCUAGGUUUGGCCCAGGUGUUUAUUAAAACUGGACUCUACUUUGGACUGGAAAUCACGAAUGUAUUGUGCACAUACAUUCUUACAUGAUGUUAGCUAUGAAACAGUUUAAUCUGUUGUGCUCUUGACUUAAGAAUUAAAAGUUACAUUUCAUUUGUGAAGUUUGACUUAAUACUGUAAGACUUGUUGUUGUUACAGGUAGUUGACAAGUCAUGAUUAUUACACAUUUAUACUUCAGUAAUUAUCAUUAACUGUUAGACCUUACAACCAUAGCACACAGUCUGUGUUUCACAACUGUAUUAGUUGGACACACAGUUGCUGCAAUUUUUGGUCAUUGCACAGAGGUGCCAUCUUUCCCUUUUCUUGGUGUCAACAGUGGCAAGCUCUACCAGUUCAAAGUCCUAGGUAGGUUGUUUCUAAACUUAUCCCAGGAUUUGAUCAAACCCAGAUCUAUGGACUAGAAAGAUAACAUAUACUAGGAUGUUUACUCCAUUUUGUGUUGUCUACCUUCCAAACCAUAUAGGCACUAAGCAAGAAGUAUGGUAUAUACUACAGCUGAAAAAACACAUUUGCCACUGUCUUCACAAUAGCUUCCAAAAGUAUGAUCAAUCUGGCCACAAAUAUCCUAGCUACUUUUAGUUUUACUAUAGUAAAGAAUAAUUUGAGGCUUGGAUUUGUGCUCUGAGAUUGCAUUGGUAUGCAGUGAAGAAAGGAGAACUGCUGCCCUUCUUUUCUCACAACACUUGUAAGUUAUGUACCCGUCUUCUAGAAACCACUCCUGGAUUGGUGGGUAAGGAAUUCUGGGGGAAUUCUGAUAUUUCCCCUCCAGUUUGCAAACCAGAGCCAGGCAUUUCUUAGCUGAAAAUGUUACUGGUUGGGUUAUCUGUAGGGACUUCUAUGACAAACAUGAAAGAAAACAUCUACUGGUAAAAGGUGCAGCUUAUUUCCUUAUUGCAGGAAUAGGUAAUGUGAUGCUCUUCAGAUUUUUAAGACUCCAGACUUCCAUCAACUCCAGCCAGCAUGACCUAAAGAUCUGGAGGGCACCAGGUUGACAAAGGCUGGCUUAUUGUAUAAUGCAUACUUUAUACAAGUAGCUGAUUGUUAGACUUCUCAAUUUAUUAGUCAACAGGGGCGGGCAUCAAGUGCCAAUUCAUCUUACAGUUGUUAACUUUACUUGUGGGUCAGCCUGUGUUUUUCACAUCUUGUUUUUCCUUGCUUUCCUAGGCUAAGGAACAUUCGUUAUGGCUUCAAUACAGUGCUUGUGAUCCUCAUCUGGCGUAUUUUCAUUGCAAGAUCACAAAUGGCAAGAAACAUCUGGUAUUUUGUCGUUAGCCUCUGUUACAAGUUUCUCUCUUACUUCAGAGCAUCCAUCACUAUGAGAUAUUAAAGAUGGCAAUUCUAGAAUUAGGACAUCUAUGCAAAUGGUGGUCUAAUGGCAUAAAGCCCUAAAAUGUACCUACUCAUCUCGUCUUUUGUAAAAACAUGAAAUAUUAGAUCUGGAUUGUGAAAUACAGUACAGUACACGUGAUGCUUAAUUGUGUAUUUCUGUGGAGAUCAUAUGGCUGGUACUGGAUCAAUCUGUCAUUAGGCAAAUAUGUAGGUUAAAUAUCCAAAUGAAUUUAAUAUCUCUGUAUGAGGAAGAACUUUAGGCCACUGACCAGUGUAACUGUGCAAUUCUGGAAUGCAUUGAAAUUAAAAUCUGCCUUAACAUAGUAAACUUAAUUUUUAUUGCAAAUAAGUGUGUUUAGUUAAGGUGAACAAAUUAUUGGCUUAGAUGGUAGAGCUAUUUAUUUGAGACUUUAAAAUUGCAACUGGUUUGUCUGGUUAUUCUUAUGAGAGAGGUAUCUUUGUAAAUGAUUGUGAGUUGGGCAUUCGUUAGUCUUUUAUUCUUCUCUCCUCCUUUCCAAUCCCUUGACUUGAAAAAGCAGGGAUCCUUCAAGGGGAAAACUGCAGCUGGUACACAGCAUUUUACUCUGCAUGUUUUUCUGACUUGUGGCUUAGAACUGUUUGUAUGGCCAAGGAAAGAGGUGAAUUUAUCCCUUGGAAGUUGCACACAAGGGAACCACAUCAUUACGAGUCACUAGUAUUUUCCUUUUAUUGCAGAAGAAAUCAGGAACUUUGAAAUUUUAUUCAGUGAUUUAGAGCAUAAAUCUGUUUACGAAAUGCCGCAUUUCUUAAAUUACCUACAGAAUUUUAAACCAAAUUAUCGAGCACUACUUCUGAAGGGGUGAAAUUGAUAUUUAUGCUAAAUAAAACUCAGCACAGUUUGGGGGAAUGGUGAAAAUAGAAAUGAAGAAAAUAUAAAUAACUGAAUAGGUACUAGGUUAAAUGUAUUUUUCUGCAUGUUGCUUUACCAGGAAAAAUGCAUUUACAACAGUCCUUGCUCUAAGAUUUAAUUAAGUACAUAUAAUAUUAAAAUCUUACGCUGUUAAACAUAGUUACAUACAAUUCUCUGCUAUCAUUAACAUUCUUUUUAUUUGAUAUAAUCUACCAUACUUGUGUGGUGGCAACCGAUUAACUUCUAUUAUACCUGGGGUUUUUUUUUAUUAAUAUGCCUAAGUAAAUUGUGAAUGAAUCCUGAAUGAACCAUAGGAGUUACGCGAAGCACAUGCAUCCUAUACUUAUAAUUCCACAUAUAGAGCAUGUCUUGCUGCUGUGGAAAUAUAACUUCUUUCAUGCAAAUGUGCAUCUGAUUUUGGAGAGAGAGCUUCCUUGUUGAAGUUUAAAUAUUUUAUCUUAUUAAGUACUUUAAUGUACAGUUGUUGUUUUUUUAAAAAAGAUCUGCAUAUAAUUUUCCAGGGAUACAAAAUGUUACAUAGUCGAAGUCCACACUAUUAAGAAGUGUGUGAGUCUGGUGUUACAGUGUUGGAAUACAAUAAAUUGUGGAUUUAGUGAUUUAAGGUUUUACAGUUGGGUGCAAUAUUCCUACUGUAUCUGCUACAGCUGCUCCCCUAAUUCUUUCUCAUUGAACUUGAAUAUUUACUUGGCAUUUUAGUACGUUGUAAACUUUUGCACAAGGUGCCUGGAACCCAACAAGCCACUUUGAUUUGUGUAUAUAUAUAUGUAUGUGUGUGUGUGUGGUUGAACUUGGUGAGAGGCAAUUGUAAGAUGCUUAGAUGCUGAGUUCAUUUUCUCACUGUACUGUUUUUAUGGAACAAAUUACUGCUUAACUCCUGAAGCUAAUGCAGCUGAGAAAAUUGCACCGGGAUCCAUACUACGAUUUUAAAAGAUCUCUGAAUAACUGAUGGAAUUGUUUAAUUUUCCACACUAGUUUAACUUCCAGUAUGGCUGCCAUAUUGGAUUCCUAGGAUUUCCAUUUAAUUUGAAUGGUUACCUAGUUUUCUCAUACAAAGAAAUAACAUAACUAUGUCGCAAUAAUGUUCUAGCAUUCCACAUAAAUCUAGAUUGUAAAGGUUCCUUCAGUUUUGGUGUUCAUACUAAUGUUGCAACUUCAGUAAUUUCAGAUUUGUUAAUUAACAUAAACAAGAUUCAUAAUUUUGGGUAUUAGUCUGAAAAGUCUAAUUGACUUGAAGAAACUAUCCAAUCUAAAGUGAGAGAAGAGCAUUCUGAAAUGGAUCACUCAGAAGGUGUGCCAGAACUUUAAAAUUUGGGACCAUAGAAGAACAUUACCCUGCAAUGUAGCUUUCUGCUGUAGGAACAGAUUCUGAAAACAAAAUUUUAAAUCAUAAGCUUUUAUAAAAUAGAAAUAUUGGGUGCCUUUGUUUGUAAACCAAAAAUAAACAAAUUCCUGAAUAUGAUGUUUGUUGAAUUUAUCAAGUUGUUUAAGCUGUGUAGAAACUUUAACUUAAAACAUUUUGUGCUUUGAAAUAGAAAUUAGUAGCAAAAUCUCAUUUCAAAAUGUCUAAAGUUGCAUGUAUAGUCAUAUUCAAAUAUCUAAAGGGCUGUCAUAUGGAGCAAGUUUGUUUUCUCCUGCUCUGGAAGCUAGCACCUUGAACCAAUGGAUUCAAGUUACAAAAAAACAUUGUAAGGGGUUGGACUUACAUUGCAAGGGGUUGGACUAGAUAACUCUUGGGUUCCCUUCCAAGGCUACAUAUAUGCUAUGUAUAUGCUGUACAUAUUACAGUCAUAUGCUAAAGGUCACAUGAACCCCUAGUACCAAUGAGUACUAAUAUAAAACCCUAAAUUGAAGAAAUUUAAUGUUGCAUGGUUACUUCAGGGUGAAAUCUGACUAAAUCAUGCAUAGUGGACUGCCUGAAAUCAAUGGACAAGUUACUUAAGACAAUUGAUUUCAGUGGAUGUAUUCUGAAAAUGGCUAAUGUUGAAUUUUACUCACACGAGCAAUUUUGUGCAUGUUUACUCAGCGUCUCUCUGAGUACUCAAGAGUCUCUCUCUCUCUCUCUCUGGGACCUUCUAGGUAAGCAUGCAUAAGAUUACAGGCCUAACCAUUUUUUUAUUAGUGUCUUCAUUUUCUACAUUGUGUUUAAGCUUGAAUAAAACAAAAUGGAUUUGUUUAGUUCCAUCCAACAAUUUAACUACUUAUUUAAGGUGGAAGUGCAUAACAGGUCUUUCUUUACUUGUCACAUUAUUCAGGCAGUACAGGACCUUAGAUGGAAUGAGAUACACAAAUUUUACUUUCUGUACUACAGUAGAAAUUCGGUAGAAAUGAGGCACGGGGGGGAAAGUCAGUGUUGCUUCUUUCACUGAAAAAUGAGCUGACAUUCAAAUAAUCUUGAAACUUUAAAUACCGGUAUAUGGAAUAUUUCUAAAAAUAACACCCACAUAUUAAUACUAAUUUGAAAACUUAAUUUUUGUCUAGUCUAGAUGAGUAGAAGGUUUUGUUUUUAUUUUAAAGGAUCUCUGGAUAGUCUGAGCCUGUCAGAUUAACACUCAUCCCAGAAAGAGGAGAAAAUGAUUGCUAGAAUAGGCAAUCAUGUUUAAGAACAUUUUAUGCAGCAUAUAUAUGCCAUCCAAUAACAGUGAUUUUCUUGGUUGCUUACAAGCAAUAGUAUGCUGAGUACAGCUUGCUGGCGGUGUGUGGAGAGAGAAAGAUAAGUGGAUCCAAGCAAAUAUAGAAAAGUAUCUGAAACAUAAGAGAGAAUGUGGGAUCAGCCCGGCUCACACAAAUUCACAGCUCUUCUCUUCGGCUAAGUGUUUACUGCUACUCAUCAGUUUUAAAAAAGAGUGCAGGUGACCCAGGACAUAUUCCAAAUGGUUUGUAUCUUAAGAGAUCUUCUGCUCCACACUGAGCUCCACGCCUUACAUAGCUUGAGAUCCCAGUUUCCUGACGCAUCAACUUUCUGUACUGUAUCAUGUUGCUGCAAUUGAAAUCUGUUUGAUCUUUGUGAACUCCCAAGAUUUGUCUACAUGAAUAGUAACAACAGUUCAAUUUUAAGGCUUUAAAUAAAAACCGUUGAUAU